ACAUAAAAAAUCGCUACAAAUCACUGGUUUAAGCGUCAUGGCCGUUAAAUUGUGUGUCAUAAUUAGUAUUUUUGUGUGUUUUGAAGGGUAAAAUAGUGAAUUUUCCGCGAUCCGCCCAUUUGUUUUGUUUACCAUUUUACCGCUUACACGACAGCCGGGCUACGCUGCUUGUAAAUAGAGGCUGUAAAUAUAACGUAUAUAGUUUAAAGAUGAGUUUGGGUGCGCGCGCCACCAAGGGUGGUGCGAAGGGGGGCGCUAAAGACGGCAAGCAUGCACAGGACACUCGGAAGAGCACAGACAAAACCCAGACCAAGGAGAAGGUUAAACCACAGGCUACUACAGAACAGCUCCGGAUGGCACACAUGAUCGAUCGUAAAAGCGAUGACGCGUCUGACGUUCGAAGAAUGGUGCUGGAGUUGAUGGAGAUGACGUGCCGCACCGAGGAGGAGGUGUGCUCGGCGCUGCACGACUCCGACAACGACAUGGUCGCCGCCUGCAACCUGCUGCUGGAGGAGAGCCAGCGGAUACAGGGCGAGUGGCGAACCAGCGAGAAAAAGAAAAAGAAGCCACCAGCCCCCGCUGGCAAUGGUGAAUUAGACCCACCACGGGACCCACGCAGUCGUUCUGGACCCAGGCCACGUCGCGGGUCAGGCGAGCGGGGUGGCGAGCGUGGCGAGCGGGGCGAGGGCGGGUGGCGCGGGCGCGGCGGCACGCGCGGGCGGGGCGGCGCGCGGGGGGCGCGGGGCGGCGGCGCCCGUCGCCCGCGCCCCGAGCGCGCCUGCUGGGCCCACACGCAGCCCGGAGGCGGCAGCAACAACAUCGUCGACACAUUCCCCACCACAGAAGACUGGGACAACGAGGAGUGGUCCGGAUCUCUAUCAGACACCAAGGUGUUGCAGGUGUUCACGCCCAGCUCCGCCGCGCAGCCCGCCGACGCAGCGCCCGACGCGCCGCCCACUCAGGAGUGGGAGGCGACGGAGGCCAACGGUCCGCUGGAGGCGCACAUCCCCACCUACACGUACCACAACUCCGCGCACAUACCCGCGCAUCCCCACCACCCGCUACGGGACCAAAUAAGUUCAGUGAGCCGGCAGUCGCCGGUGUCGGGCGCGGUGGCGGCGCCGGCCGAGCCGCAGCCGCCCGCCGAUACUUACCAUCAUCCGGUUCAUCAUCAGCCAAUGGGCAUGUCUGGAAGUCUGACGGCGGCGCAGUCGCAGUAUCUCUCGCAACUCACACAGCAGUCGCAGAGGCACGACAAUAGCGUGUACACGUCAAAUUACGGCGUGUACGGCAACACAGACAUCACCAGUCAGAGGAAACCGCAGCGAGCGAGAGUUCCUCCUCCCUCUAAGAUCCCGUCUAUGGCGGUGGAGAUGCCGGGAGGCGGCGAGGGUGGCAUGUUCCUGGACGUGCAGUUCGGCGCCCUGGAGCCCGACGCGCUCCGGGACAACUGCACCCCCAAGCCGCAGCAGCAGCCGCCCGCGCCGGCACCGACAGCGGCAGCAGCGCCCGCCGCCGCGCCCGCCUCCCCCGCCGCCGCCACGCCGCCGCACGAGCCGCCCGCCACCCCGCCCGCGCCCCUGCCCUACCAGCCGCCGAGCACUGCCCUGAGUGAGAGUUUAGCAGUAGUGGAGCCGACGCCCGUGAGUGCGCCGGCCGCCGCCGAGCCCGCGGUCACCAACACUACCUCGUCCCUGGAGGCGGCGCUGUCGAGCAUGAAGCAGCUGUCGGUGUCGGACGCGCCGCCGCCGCAGCACCAGCCGCAGCACCACAGGCCCAAGACUGUAGGACAACAGAAUGUGUACGCGCAUCACGCGGUGUCACAUCACCCGCCUGUAUACGGAGCCAAUGUCUAUGCGCCACAGCAGGUGAACUCGAGCAACGCGUCGCUGACGGGCGCGUCGGCCAUGUCGGCGUCCGCCUACCCGUCCAGCGUCACGCUCACGCAGUACCAGCCCAUCAUCAACUCAUACCAGACAUCGUCGUCGGCGGGCCCGUACGGCGGCAGCGCCCUGUACACAGCGGCGCCCUACACUCCCUACCAGCCCACCGCCCAGCCCAAGCAGCCGCCCAAGGAGACGCAGCAGCAACAAUACGACAGUUCAGUGGCGUCGAGUAACAGUUUAACGAGUACGACGACGCAAACGCAGACUUCCACAGCCAAAGUAGCGACUACCACAGUGGCGGGGCACGGGUCCGGGUACGCGGGCGGCGCGCUGUACGGCGCCGCCGCCACGCCGGCCUACGCGCCCUACGACGACCAGCUCAUGCGCUCCACGCUGCCGCACCACAUGGGCGGGUAUUAUGAGGUGGGCUACGGCGGACGGGACGCGACGUUCGGCCUCAGUGCUGGUGAACGAUUCGGAAGGACUGAUGCUGCUUCACCACAACAGGUGCCAGCGGCGGCGUUACCUCCCGGCUACGCGUACUUCGCGUACCAGCCGCCUCCCACCACAUACCAGUAUGGCGUCUAUCCCACGUACGGCGGCGGGUCGAACGUGGGCGGCGUGGGCGGAGUGGGCGGCGUGUCGACGCAGGGCAAGGUGUCCACCUACACGCAGCAGCAGCCCUACGACGCGCAGGACUCAUAUAAACCUGGCGGCGGCUACACGGGCAGCGGCAGCAAGGCGGGCGGCGGCGCGGCGGCGGAGCUCGGCAACGCCAUCUACGCCAAGCCGCAUCCCGCGCUCAACAAGGUCAACAGUUACGAGAAGGCGUCGUUCCACAGCGGUACGCCGCCCCCCUUCGGCGGAGCCUCGCACCUCUACAUCCCCGCGCCGCCGCACCACCACCCGCACCACCACGCGCCGCAGCAGCACCAGAUGGAUGUACGGGUGAACAGUAGUCAUAAUAGGCGGGAGAGCGGGGCGGGCGGCGGUCGGGCGGCAGCCAGCAAGCCGGCGGCCAGCAAGCCUAGCUACUCGCAGUCCUACUGGGCACCCAACUAGCUAACACUGGGUCGGGCGCUCGGUGCGGUGCAGCGUGCCCUCUGAAGUAACCUAGCUCAAUACUAAACCAACUCCACGCGACACAAAUACCGCAUUAUUAUAUAAAUUCAUAGUGUAAAGGCAUCGCCGCCGUCACCUAAGAUUUUUUUUUUUCAUUUUUUUUAAAUACUACUGUCGUCGGUAGCCAGAUGUCGUAGUUGAACGAUGCAAUAUAAUUAUGUAUUUUAUUUGUUUAUGAGCGUCGUGACGACGUCGAUGCAUCAUCUCAUUCGUUAAGUCCGCUAUCAUAGGUUUCAAUUGUUUAAAGAAAUUACCUCUAGUGCUAUGUAUAUCUAAUAAAGUAUGUAUAUGUAUGUAAGCAUUUGGUACGCUAUGCGCGCCGAAGUUUUUUAUUUAGUUGACAUACUUUUUGUAAUUAACACUUAUUAUUAAAAAUGAUUAAAGAGAUGUCAUAGGACGAUAAUCGUAAUUGUAACGAGUAUGAUAGUCGAGCUCUUUUAUAUGUGGAAGAAUGCACUUGUGAUGAUCUCGCGGGCAUUUGAAAGUAUGACGGAUUACACAUAUUGGAACUUGA